UUCGUCGCACGCUGUCCGACGCGACUGACCACUCGAUAAAAUAAUUUAUUUAUUUAUUUAAAAUGUCAUUAGUGUCAAGUCAAAGUGUCUUAAUUAAUUAAUUUAUUUAUUUGUUAAUUCAAAUUUUUUAUUUUUCUAGUGAAUUUUAGAAAUUUUUUUGGUGAUUUAUUUUUAAAUAAUUUUUGAACGGUGGUUGGAAAAAAAAUUUUACGAGAUGAGACAAAAAUGGAGUUGGAAUUGGAGGUGUUGAAAAAAAAUAGGAGUAAUUAAUAAGUGGGAGAUGUUUAUGUAGAUAGUGAGUGUUGACAAGUAAUUAAAUACGGAAGCACGUGGUGGGUUGGAGUGCAGAAUCUCGCAGCGAGGGGCCGAUGGGAUGCAUCUACCAGUGGACUCGGUUGGUUGCGGGGAGAAUUACGAUUCCGUCGGUUCCUCGCAGCAAGGACCCGGUCUCGUAGGCUCCUCCCUGGCGUCUUUAAGACAAGGGGACUCCCGGUACCCUGAAGACGGGGACAAUAACGCACGUGCGGGUGCAACUGCGAUUGGGGCUGCUGCGGGACCGGUUAACGGAAGCGGGGGUGAGAUGAGUGAGGGUGCAGCCGUCGGGGAGCUCUGGUGGACUGAGAGACUUGUGGGUGAAGCGCAGGCUGAACAUCCCGGGGAACUUGUGAGAACUGGGUCGCCGUAUUUUCUUUGCAGCCAACUUCCGACUCACUGGCGGUCAAACAAGACCUUGCCGGUGGCGUUCAAAGUAGUAGCCCUUGGUGACGUCGGAGACGGCACUCUGGUGACAGUGAGGGCCGGGAACGACGAAAAUUGCUGCGCCGAGCUGAGGAACUCGACGGCUCUUAUGAAGAAUCAAGUCGCUAAAUUCAACGACCUCCGUUUCGUAGGUCGCAGCGGUCGAGGAAAAAGCUUCAGUAUCACAAUAACGGUGUCGACGUCACCUCCCCAAGUGGCGACGUACACCAGGGCGAUAAAAGUUACCGUCGACGGACCUCGGGAGCCUCGUUCAAAGACUCACUUAACAAUUACAGGGCAACAGCAUCAACAAUUUCGCGCACUCGGACUUGGUCAGCGCCCAUUUUUAGACGCCCCGACUUCAUUUACGACCCAUUUGCGUGAACUCGAGUCUUAUCGGCGUACGAAGCAUCAUCAUCACCAAAAUCUUCAUAUGGUCAACAAUAAUAACAACAAUAAUAAUAAUAAUAAUAACAAUAAUAAUAAUAAUAAUAAUAAUAAUAAUAACAACAAUGGAAACUGCGUCCAGUCAAAUAACGGAAACCAAAACGACUCGCCCACUUCGGGGCACUUGGGCGCCAGCAGUACGUCGACUCAUCAAGAUUGUUACAAACACAGCCCGCACAAUGAUGCUAAUGCAGCAGAGUGGACUUACCCGUCGGCGCCAACUUACCCAGCACCUACCGGAAGCGACGCUGGAUCUUACUCUCCGAUUCCCGGUGCGUUUUCUUACCCCGGAGAAUCUUUAUCUCAUCACCCAACGACUGAACCUGUUCCUCUAACCACAGUUUUGUCACCGGACCAACAAGAUGUAUAUACACCAAACUGUGUGACAAUGUACCCAACACACAGCAACGCGUCAUUACCCCUAGUACCCUCGAAACAAGACACUGAAAUAUUCACCGGACCCGGAAAUGGCAGCCCAGGUUAUCACUACGGCUCGUGGACUCCAGGACCUACGACCCCAGUGCCCGUUCCGUCGCACAAUUACAACCCAAAUUAUCAUCAGGGUUAUUACAACAAUCCGACGCAAAAUUACAUAAGUCCAACUCCGAUGGUUCUGUAUCCCCAGCUCUACAGUACCGUUAAUCAAAAUCAAAUUCACUUGCACCUACACGGCGAUUUAUCUGACGACCAGGUCACUAUUGCCAGUGGGAAUCUCACUAUCAGCAGCAAUAGGCUCGAAAUCGGCGUACUGGAGGAAAAUGAACAGCGAAAUGAUGUCUGGCGUCCGUACUAAUUCUGCGGGAGUGGACCAGUGGAAUUUUUUGUGACAUGAACGCUUUAAUAAGUGUGUGAUAUAUUGUAUGUUUUUAGUUUUUAAAUAUUAAUUUUCUUUUUAUUGAUAAAAUUGUACAUAUGUGGAAU